CCCCUCUUCUCCCAAUUCUUCUUCUCCUUCCUUCUCUCUCUCUCUCUCUCUCUCUCUCUCGCGUCGAAGCCGUUAACGAUCUCACGAGCGACGAAGAGAGGAGUCCGAAGAAACCCUAACCCUAACCCUCUCCUCUCAACCAUCUCCAUCGCUAAAACCCUAACGCUCCUUCUCCCCAAUCCUUAUCUUCUCCUAACAGAGUGCGAACGAGACGGGGGAGAGGGAGAGGAUGAUCGUGUUGCGGCCAUUAUCGCAAUCUCGGAAACUGUAGCUUCGCCGACCAUGGCCGCGUCGUCCUCCGCCGCGAACUCCCAAUCGCCGGCGCUCAAGACCUACUUCAAGACCCCCGAGGGCCGAUACAAGCUCCUGUACGAGAAGUCGCACCCCGCGGCCGUGCCCCACCACUCCCAUGGCCGAACCGUCUCGCAGUUGACUGUUGCAUACUUGAAGGAGAAGCCUCCGAAUCAGAAUUCGGCAGCGCCGUCGACCUCGAGCUCGAGCGGUGGGGUGAGGUCGGCGGCGGCGAGGCUCCUCGGAGCCGGAAACGGUAGUCGCGCUCUUAGCUUCGUUGGGGGGAAUGGUGCGAGUCGCGGCGUAUCGGGGAGUAGUAGGAUCGGAGGGCCGGCCGGAGCUUCGGCUGGAUCGAGCUGUUCUCAGAUCACCGCGAAUUAUGAUGGCAAGGGGACUUAUCUUAUCUUCAAUGCGGCGGAUACUCUCUUCAUCAGUGACCUCAAUUCACAUGACAAAGAUCCGAUCAAGUCCAUCCAUUUUAGCAACUCGAACCCGGUGUGCCACGCCUUUGAUCCCGAGGCAAAGGAUGGGCAUGAUUUGCUCAUUGGGCUUCACUCCGGCGAUGUAUAUUUGGUGUCACUCAGACAGCAAUUGCAAGAUCCUGGGAGGAAGCUUGUGGCAUCUCAGCAUUUUAACAAAGAAGGCGUGAUUAAUAAUAGUCGAUGUACGUGUCUUGCAUGGGUACCAGAACGUGAUGGCACUUUCGUUGCCGGCCAUGCUGAUGGAAACUUGUAUGUCUAUGAAAAAAGCAAGGAUGGAACUGCUGAUUGUUCAUUUCCUGUCAUCAAGGAUCCAACUCAGUUUACUGUUGCACACGUAAAAUCGAGUAAGAGCAAUCCAAUUGCUAGAUGGCAUAUAUGUCAAGGUUCAAUUAAUAGCAUUUCUUUCUCAACAGUUGGGACAUAUUUGGCCACCGUCGGCAGAGAUGGUUACUUAAGAGUAUUUGAUUUCUCAAAGGAGCAGUUAAUAUUUGGUGGGAAAAGCUAUUAUGGUGCUUUGCUAUGUUGUGCUUGGAGUCCGGACGGGAAGUAUUUGUUGACGGGUGGUGAAGAUGAUCUAGUACAGGUAUGGAGUAUGGAAGAAAGGAAGACGGUGGCUUGGGGUGAGGGGCAUAAUUCGUGGGUUAGUGGAGUUGCUUUCGAUUCCUAUUGGUCGGCACCGAAUUCAGAUGAAUCAGGAGAAAGCGUCAUGUAUCGUUUUGGAUCCGUGGGUCAGGACACGCAGCUGCUGCUUUGGGACUUGGUGAUGGACGAAAUCGUCGUGCCCCUCCGCUACCACCCCCCGGGAGGCUCCCCGACUUAUAGCAGCGGAAGCCAUUCUGCUCAUUGGGAAAACAACAACAUCAUCCCCGCGGGCACCCUCCAACCUUCUCCAAGCAUGCGUGACGUCCCGAAACUCUCGCCGGUUGUUGCCCACCGAGUCCACGUGGAGCCCCUCUCCGGCCUUUCGAUCACCAACGAAUCGGUCGUCACGAUCUGCCGCGAGGGGCAUAUCAAGAUCUGGGUGCGGCCCGGGCACGGUGAGAGCAACCGGUCAAAUUCCUCCUCCGACUUAGCGGUGAGCUCUAGUGCCGUUUCUAAAGACAGAGUUGUUACUUCCUCUUUGUCGUCGUCGUCGAUUAAAGGAAGUAGCUCGAGCUCAAAGCAACACUCCACUGUUCUUUUCUCGUGAUUUGAGGUUAAAUUUAUGUGGGUAUUUAAUUCGAGUUUUUCUUUUUUAAAAAAAAUUAGGGGUAGAAAUGAAGUGCUUAGGGUGUGAGAAAAAGAGAGAGAGAGCUCUCAUGGUAUGAGAUUUUCUGGAUAAAAGGAUUGUUAUUAGAUUUAGAUAUUUGCCAUUUGUGUGGCAGCAGAGAAUAAUGGUGGAUGAGAUAUGCUCCUUCCUGUACAGAUAAAUAUUCCAAUCUAAAGGAAACAUGCUUUCAUGUUUUUAUUUUUAUA